GCAAUUCAAUAUUUAUGUGUACCCGACCGCGCUCCGCUUACAACUGUUGUUUUCAAUUUAAGCAAGUCUGUUACGAAAGUUCCUAGAAAUGACGAUUAGAAGCAGCUAUAUUGAGACUACAAUUACCUGUUUCGUUUUCUCAUGAAAUAUCGAUAACGACUAAAUAUCGAACGACCGUCUGUUUUUGUGGAAUGUGAGAAGUAUAUUGCAGUAUUGGAAACUUUGUUAUUCUAGGUGGAGUUAUUCACUGAUGAAAAAUGGCCGGAUUCGUUGAAAGUUUACAAAUGUUUUUAUUCAUGGCAAUGUUGGCCUUUCAAAUACAGUCAACAAAGAGUGACACGCUCUCUGCAGCAAACAGUCCUGUUAUUGCUGUAGUGUUGAAAAGUUUAACUAUCAGAUGGACUUAUCAAUCUGAAAAGACACCGCUUGAAGUUUCAAUAUAUGUAAGAGAAAUUGGGCCUGUAAUAGAACUGAAAAAGAUUUGGAGCAUUAAAUAUGAAAGCGGCACUGCUACAAAGAACAAAAUUGAUGCAGGUCUUUUUCAAAACAACACUGAAUUAACAAACGAGGGAAGCAAGGCUUUCCAGCUAUCGAUAUUAUCUGUGCCAAAGGAUAUAGAGUCAUUUGCCUUUACUUGCAGAGUAAACAGGGGCAUGUGGAGCACGGCAUUAGAAAAGGAAGUCAAUGUCAAAAUUGCCAGUCCUCCGAUAAUCGAUUUUAAUGUAAGAAACAGCAAUGGAAAUAGUACAGCGGGAGGCGCUCUAGAAAUGGCAUGUGCUGCAAGGGGGUAUCCUGAUCCUCGUGUUACUAUAAAGAAAGAGACUAGUACUGUGCCAAUCACUUUGACUAGUGGACUGCUAAACGCCACUUUCUCUGUGGCACAGCUGAAAGCAUCAGACAGUGGCAAGUAUAUAUGCAUUGCAGAAAACGUUGCCAGUGUUGUGAGAAAAGAAGUCGUUGUGACAGUGAAAUACAAGCCCGUCGCUACCCUAACUGUGAGUCAUAGCGAUAAAGACAUAACAGUAGGAACCACUUUGACAAUGGUUUGCGGUGCAAGCGGUUAUCCUGAACCAACUUUGGUCUUACAAAGAUUCACAAGUGGUGGCUGGCUAGAAAUCGAUAAGUCAAAGGACAACAUUACGUACAUACUCUCAAACAUACAGCCCGAAGCUUCUGGGAAAUAUUCUUGUGCGGCAAAUAACAUUGCUGGCACUAGUAGUAUAGAGAAACAGAUAUCUGUUCUAUACAUAAAGUCGGUUGCAUCAAGUAGGCAAGAUCUUUUGGAGAAGAUAAAUAGUGAAGUUCUACUAACAUGCAAUGUAACUGGUCAUCCAAAACCACUUUACACAUGGUACAAAGAAAAGAAGGUUGUAACAUCAAGUGGGCAAAAGCUGAGAGUUCAGUUGAAAAGAGAUGAUGAUUUUGGAGGGUACUCUUGCGAAGCUGUCAAUCCUGCUGGAAAGCGAACAAUUGCGUUUUCGAUAACAAAAACAUACAUUGAGAAAUCAUCUGGUACUCAAACAAAAAUUGAUGGGAAAAUUGGUGAGACGAAAAGGCUCGUUUGUCCAAUAAGAGGGCACCCGAAGGUUGCUUACACGUGGCUGAAGGAAAAAGUGAAGCUUUCUGACUCUCGUAACCUAGUUGUGCUGCUUGACAAGAAGGAGAAAUUUGGGUCAUACAUGUGCAUAACGAAAAACGAUGCUGGCGAGGAAACAGUGCUUUUCACAUUGAAACAGAACCCCACCAAAGAAGAAAGACAAACACGGGACUCAUCAGCAGUGACUUUGGCAUUUGAUGCCAUUUUCGCUCUUGUUAUAGUUAUUGCAUGUUAUGCAAAUACGUAAUACUCGGAGCAAUCUUGAGUGUUUUUGGUCACGUAGAUACAGUGAUCAAUGCUCGAGGAACCCAGCCUUUAUUCUCCAACCCCUCUUGGCCAAAUAGGAAAGCCCGCCGUGAAUACCAACUGAUCCGAAAAGCUUAGCCAAUAUGCUUUGCUUAGUGUUAUAGUUGGUUCACUCAUACCUUCAUUUGCUGUGCUUUUCCGUCAGAAAUGAUCUGUUUUGGUGCCUAACUCAGUCUAACGAGAACGUCAUAUGGUUAUUUGACGGGCACGAUCAAAAUACUUGUGUUGGUCUGCAGUGAUCCUAAGGGAGAAGCCUAAAGUUUCAGUCUGGUAGGGAAGGGCCUCGACAAGUGUAAAAGAGAAGCCAAUGUAAAACCAUCCCCUUUGUAACAGAAAGUGAAAACCCCUGCCAAUCAUAAACAGAGGUCUGGUUUGCUUAGCUGAUCGAAGGUGAAAGGAAGGCCUGGUUUCAUAUGUGCUCAGUUUGGGUGCUUCUUCCUCAUUAGCACGAAGGAUCCACUUAGCGGAUCACAUGGCAGCUCGUAUUAUAUACCCGUUAAUAAGGUAAAGGACACCAUCGUUGAUUUGAUGAAUGGCUGUUUAUGAAAACCCCGUACUGGGAGACUUUAUUUGGUUAUGUUUGCGGGUUUGAAAGCUGUGACCGCCUGACUAAAAGCACUCAAGAAUGUUCGACUAUGUUACUAUGAUUUAACGAUAUGUAUACUGUAAGUCUAAAGUCUAAAGUAGCUUUGAAUGCAGUGGUGUUUGUAGUAGGGCAUUUGUAUAAAAAAGCAGUAGCUCAUUAUUUUAUCAUGAUAUAUCAUUUGUUGUAAAAGUUAAUACGCUAUUGUCGCCAGAAAAUGAUGCUAAGCAAGAUCAUAAGAAUAUUGACUGCUCUUCGCGAACCAACUCCUCCAUUUAUGAAAACUAUUGCCCUAGCUACACCACUGCAUUUUUAGUCGACUCAAGAGAGACUGGCAGCGACCAUUAUUUAAAGUCGUCGAUUAUUUGCUUAAAGAAUCCACGCCUUUUUGGGUUUUUCCUUGGUUUUUGCAAGUUUUUAACAGGCUGAUGGAAAUUAUGAAUUUUAUGAAAUUAUUGCGAACACCCAUUUAAGCAUGAAUGGAAUGCAGAUUGAUCGCAUGCAAAGGAAUAGUCAUAACUGUUGACGGGUAAGUUCAAAACAUAAAACUACCGAAUCGUACACUUUAUAUGGACCACCAUAUCUGUGUUGAACGAUUUAAUAUCAUGGAACAGAGCUAGGGAAUUGAAAAAACACCCAAAAGGAGGCAAUUACUAAGAUAACAACCCAAUGUGGCUAGAUAAAAAAUGCCAUUCUCCCAAACUUGUUAUCUUUCUAGAAGAACCAUCAUCGCCAGUGUAGUAUAUUGACCUGCACAUACUAAAUUUUAGUGACAAGCCCCCGUGAGCCAAAGUGAAAUAUAUAUACUGACGGAGGCACCAACAAGACCACACCCUCUCUAUUUUACAUACCUUAAGGCAAUUACGUCGACGAACAAGCAAAAAUGCCCUCACUAACUAAAAAUCCUCUUUCAGAUACACCCAUAGCAGUUCUCUGUUGAUUUCGAAUCAAUCACUAAAUCUUCGUUGUCAACUUAACCUUUCUAGGAGGUACAAGCAUUGCAGCAUUCGAUGUAUGCUGUAGAAAAAUGGUGUGCGAGACGCUUUAGACCUAAGUGUUUUUGCUGCCAAUGGAAAUUGCUUUUAUGUACAAGAUGCUCAGCCUUGAAUGAAGUUUGAUUAUAACCAAGCGUGGUAGUUUUAUUUAUUAGCCCUAGGGAGAGUUUAUGAUUCAUGCGCAACGUUCUGGAGACACCACGGAUACUCUUUUGAAGGAGAUUUUACAGUAUAUUUCGGUUCUAUCUCGAGAGAAGCUGGCAAAGAAAGACGAUUAUUUUUAUUUUCAUUCCAUUCUAUUUGAUUUUAAUUUUUAGUAACUUUUUAGUUGAUAUGUUGUGUUUUAUAGCGAUUAGCAAACGAUUUUUUGUCGGAUGCAAUGCGUUUCGUUUAAAAAGCUCAUGUUUAUCAUUUCUAACUUAAUUUGAUAUCAAGAUAUAAGUAUUAGCUUGGGUCACAGCCGGUGAAUCUAUACUAACCACCCUUCGAGCGAUCAGAUGAUUUUGUGUCUCUGUUCUUGCCUAUGACUGCAAACAUCGUGGGGGUUUCUAUAUCAGUAUCACGUCUCGCUAUCUGAUUGGUUGUUUUGUUGAUUGACAGGUUAUUUCCACCAAUCAUAACCACUUUAGUGGUUCUACCUUCCGUAGACGAUAUUUUUGCUUACACCGGCUGCAGCCCAAGCAGUACCAAUCAGUGAUUUAACUGAAAUGGUAGUGCAUGUUGUAUUCUAUAAGUUUGCUGUAAGCACAUAAAUAAAAGUAAUGAUUGUUAGAUAGCUAUGUUUGGAAGCAGCGCAUUGCACUGAAAAUGGUACUAUGUUAUUGUUCCUAUUUAAGAUUAGAAGAAGCAAUAGAAAUAGAAAAGGA